UAUAUAAUCUCAUCUCACUGCUGCAGUGAGCUACAGUUGCGCUUCAACGCUAAACAAUGAGGCUCCUAAUUUUUCUACUCUGCUGCACUGUAGCUUUUAGCUGCUGCAAUGCUGUUGUUGAAGGAAACGAAACGGACUACGGAAACUUAUUAUUGGAGCAACAGAAAUUUCUACUUGAAAUCGUGUGGCACGUACAAGAGCCAGCGACACUAGUAGAGUGCCAAGGUGUUGAAUUUGUCAGUGAUGAGACGCAAUAUAAGAAAUUCGACAGUGACAUGCAUCGCUUCGUAAAUGAUGUACAACACAGCCGCCUUUUACCACGAACUGACUUCUUCAGCCCGCUAGUGCACUCCCAUCACCAACAAGCUUUAGGUUUAUACAAAUUACUGACAUACGUCAAAGGCUGGACCGCUUUCAAACAGAAUGUUUGCUGGGCGCGUACUCAUAUCAAUCCCGGCAUGUUCGUCUACACGCUCGACUUGACGAUUAGACAUCGUGAGGAUUGCAAUUUCUUUGUAUUGUCACCGAUUUAUGAAAUAUUUCCGCAACAUUUCUUCAACAGCCAAGUGAUAAACAGAGCAAUGACUUUCAGUGAAAAGAAAGUGGAAACCACACAAAAGCACACGCGUACAAGUAAUGGGUCUGGCAGUGAAAGCAUCCUACACAACUGGCAACCUUGGCAGUGGUGGAAGCCAAUGGGUUUAAGCGACGAACGCUGGUAUCGUGAUGAAUCAACCAAGGGACUCACGAAAUACUGGACGCCUGUGGAUUAUACGCGUGAUGUACACAUCUUGAAUGCCGAUACACAUUUAUCAUAUCUCUUGGAAGAUGUGGAAUGGAAUACAAUUUGGUAUGAGCUCAAUCUCGACUAUCCACCAUUUCUCGAAUCUGCGGAGUUCGUCGCACGUCAUCGCAGACGUGCCGCUGAAUGGUGGAUACACCAAGUACGUACGCUAAUGACACGCUACAACUUGGAACGCCUAUCGCAGGGUAUGAAACCCAUCGAGGAUAUGACACUGUCGCAAACCAUAGCGACGGGUUAUAAUCCACAGCUUGUCAGCUGGAAUGGUCAGACUUUCUGGCAACGCUACAACAACUACGAAUAUGCUGAUUACGGAUUUCCCGCAACAAUCGAUUUGGUGUUUAAACUCACAAAUGAAAUAUAUAAAUUAGCCGAUAGUGGCGUUUAUUGGCUGAAGAAUGGUACUGCGUAUGACUUGCAUCAGCCUGAAGCCCAACAAGUUUUCUUUAAUAUUCUACACGGCAAUAGGAAUGCUUUGACACCACAACCUCAUCAAACCUAUUGGUUCUACUCAUUCAUGUUUCUCGCACAAAUCGAGUAUGAGCAAUUCCAUAAAGUGGGUCCACAUGUUUUGGCCAAUUUCGAGACGGCACUCCGUGAUCCGCUCUUUUACACGCUAAUGCAGCAUAAGGUGUUGGACAUGUGGAACCGUUAUAUGCGUCAUCUGCCUGCGUACACACGAGAAAACUUGCAAGCCCUUGGCAUUGAAGUGAAGUCGGCUGCGGUGUCGCCACUGCAGACAUAUUUCGAUUAUGUCGACAUUGAUUUGAGUACCUUGUGGUUGGAAAAACUCAGUCCAUUUGAUAAUGGCAAAGGUAUUUAUGCGCGUCAGCAACAACUCAAACACAAACCUUUCAAUUACAUAUUGCUUAUACAAUCGGAUAAGUAUGCCGUGGUCACAAUACAGACAUUUAUCGCGCCGAAAUACGACGAAUAUGGCGCGUUGUUGUCGCUGUCGAAAAAUCGUGAAAAUUUCCUGGAAAUCGACCAUUUUGUUAAGGUAAUAGAAGUUGGUCUCAAUACUGUACAACGGCAUCCCUACAAAUCCACUAAGCGUCAGUCCUGCAGCGAAACGUGUAAUAAAGCCGUCGAAGCUGUGUCCGAAAAUUUGAAAUUUCCUAAGAAUUUAAAGGAUCCUACAGAAAAAUUCAAACGCCGUUUCAAUUUACCAAAAGGUACCAAGCAAGGCUUUCCAGUACAAUUGUUCUUCAUUGUUACAGAGUUUGUUGAAGAAGCCGCCUACGGGUUUCCUUUUGAUCGUCCAAUCGAACACGAAUAUGACUAUCAAAUGCCCAAUAUGUUUUACAAGGAUGCUAAGGUUUAUCAUGUGGAUCAUUGUGAACAUAUCGAGGAAUAUGUGAAGGGAUAUGCGCACUUCGGCGAGUUUGAUGAGAAUUACUGGAAGAUGAAUUGAAAUAACUGAGUCUUAAUUAUAACAUAAUUAAAUUAAAUAUAUGUGGAAUU